UCGCAGAUCAAGAAGCCAGCUGCUGAGCUUAUUAGACAAAUAUCAAGCAAAGCUCCACCUCGACCGCCAUGGCCGGAAGCAGCAGCUUCGCAGCUCUCUCCUGCCUCGUGGCGGUGGCCCUGCUCGCCGCCACGGCGGCGCCGGCGGCGGGGGAGACGGAGACGCACCUGCGCGUGUUCUGGCACGACGUGGUGAGCGGCGGCCCGAACGUGUCGACGGUGGUGCAGGUCGCCGAGGGCCCCUCGUCCAACGCCUCCGCCACGGGGUUCGGCUCCGUCGUCGUCAUCGACGACCCGCUCACCGAGGGCCCCAACCUGACGUCCAGGCUACUCGGCCGCGCCCAGGGCAUGUACGUCAGCGCCGGCAAGGACAGCCUCUCGCUGAUGAUGGCCAUGAACUUCGUGUUCGUCGACGGCGCCUACAACGGCAGCAGCCUCGCCAUCCUCGGCGCCAACCCCGCCGAGCGCAGGGUCCGGGAGAUGGCCGUGGUCGGCGGCACCGGCGCGUUCCGGUUCGCGCACGGGUACUGCGAGGCCAGGACGCAGUGGAUCGACACCAGGACCGGCGAUGCCACCGUCGAGUACAACCUCUACGUCCGCCACGACGACUGAGAUGGGUCAUGCUGCCUGCAACCACACUGUUUCUGAUCGUCCUUGAUUUAAUGAUGAUCUUUUUACAUAUAUGUUUAGUAGAGUUCGUAUAUAUGCGUAUUUUCUCGGUUUUGGCAUUGGUUUAAAGUUUGUUCUUGUGAGAUGAUGCAGAAUAAUGAGGGAUUGUAGCAUUUGAUUAUUCAAAUAAAGCAGUGUUACGUCUA